GCGGCAGGGCCUGGAGAGCCUGGGAGCCCCCGCUACGGAAUGACUUUUUAAAAUUCGAGAACUUUUAAUUCCGACCAAAAAUUAAAAAAAAAAAAAGUAUCCCAGUUGGAAAGUUCUUUUAACCUUUUCUUUUUUUUCAUUUAUUUAUUUUUUUCUCGAUUUCUCCGCGGGCGGGAUUAUAAAACUCGCCCUCUCUUUUUGGGCUCGAGGAGCGAGGCUCCCCCCUCCUGGCCGCGCGCGGGCGGGGGCCGCGGGGGCUCCGCGAGUUCUCUCCGGGGCCGGGCUGGGACGCGGCUGCCGAGUCCCCGCUCCGGCCCCUGAAUUGGGGGGUCCGCGUCUGCCCCAAACGCCGCUUUCUUCCGUUUUCCAUGUCAUUUCCUGUACUAAUAAGAUGGUGGUCAAAGAAGGGGAGGAGAGCAGCAGCGAGUCGCCGCCGCCGCCGCACCGAGGCUGGCGCUGAAACUUUGCCUCGCCAGGGACCAGCGCUCCCGCAGCGCGGCCGCUCCCGCCGCGGGGGCCGCCAGCCGGGGCCGCGCCGCCUCCGCCGAGCCGCCCGCCGGGCCGCCCGCGCCGCCCGGGCCCCGCGGAUGCCGCAGCAUUCCCGGGAAGAACAGAAUGACUGAGAACAUGAAGGAGUGUUUGGCGCAGACCAAGGCAGCUGUGGGGGACAUGGUGACCGUGGUGAAGACAGAAGUCUGCUCACCUCUCCGUGACCAGGAGUAUGGCCAGCCCUGUUCUAGGAGACCAGACCCCUCAGCCAUGGAAGUGGAACCCAAGAAACUGAAGGGGAAGCGUGACCUCAUCAUGCCCAAAAGUUUCCAGCAAGUGGACUUCUGGUUCUGCGAGUCCUGUCAGGAGUACUUUGUGGAUGAAUGCCCGAAACAUGGUCCCCCUGUGUUUGUGUCCGACACACCGGUGCCUGUGGGCCUGCCAGACCGGGCUGCCCUCACCAUCCCACAGGGCAUGGAGGUGGUCAAGGAUGCCAAUGGGGAGAAUGACGUGCGAUGCAUAAAUGAGGUUAUCCCCAAAGGCCACAUCUUCGGCCCGUACGACGGACAGAUCUCCACCCAGGACAAAUCAGCUGGCUUCUUCUCUUGGCUGAUUGUGGACAAGAACAACCGCUACAAGUCCAUAGACGGGUCAGACGAGACUAAAGCCAACUGGAUGAGGUACGUGGUCAUCUCCAGGGAGGAGAGGGAGCAGAACCUGCUGGCGUUUCAGCACAGCGAGCACAUCUACUUCCGGGCCUGCCGGGACAUCCGGCCCGGGGAGUGGCUGCGGGUCUGGUACAGUGAGGACUAUAUGAAGCGCCUGCACAGCAUGUCCCAGGAAACCAUCCAUCGCAAUCUGACCAGAGGAGAGAAGCGGUUACAGAGGGAGAAGUCUGAGCAGGCUCUGGAUGACCUAGAGGACCUGAGGGGUCCCAUUCACCUCCCUGUGUUGAAACAGGGCAAAAGUUCCUACAAGCGUGGUUUUGACGAGGGGGACGUGCACCCCCAGUCCAAGAAGAAGAAAAUUGACCUCAUUUUCAAGGAUGUGUUGGAGGCCUCACUGGAAACUGCAAAGGUGGAAGCCCGCCAGCUGGCCCUGAGCACCUCGCUGGUCAUCAGGAAAGUCCCCAAAUACCAGGGCGAUGCCUACAGUCAGUGUGCAAUGACCAUGUCACGUGGCGUGCAGAAUGUCAGCCGGACCCAGGGGGAGGGGGACUGGAAAACCCCCCAAGGGGCUUCCACGGAGCCAGGCCCAUUGGAUGAUGAAGAAGAGGAGCCUUCGUCAUUCAAGGCCGACAGUCCUGCCGAGGCCUCCCUUGCGUCCGACCCGCAUGAGCUACCCACCACCUCCUUUUGUCCUAAUUGUAUUCGCCUAAAGAAGAAGGUUCGGGAACUCCAGGCAGAACUAGACAUGCUUAAGUCUGGGAAGCUUCCUGAGCCCCCCGUAUUGCCAGCACAGGUACUGGAGCUCCCAGAGUUCUCAGACCCUGCAGCCUCCGAGAGCAUGGUCUCCGGCCCCGCCAUCAUGGAGGACGAUGACCAGGAGGUCGAUUCGGCAGAUGAAUCGGUCUCCAACGAUAUGAUGACUGCCGCCGAUGAGCCCUCCAAGAUGUCGUCUGCCACCGGGCGCCGAAUCCGGCGCUUUAAGCAGGAGUGGCUGAAGAAGUUCUGGUUCCUGCGGUACUCCCCAACCCUCAACGAGAUGUGGUGCCACGUCUGCCGCCAGUACACGGUGCAGUCCUCCCGCACCUCGGCCUUCAUCAUCGGCUCCAAGCAGUUCAAGAUCCACACCAUCAAACUGCACAGCCAGAGCAACCUGCACAAGAAGUGCCUGCAGCUGUACAAGCUCCGCAUGCACCCCGAGAAGACGGAGGAGAUGUGCCGCAACAUGACCCUGCUUUUCAACACCGCCUACCACCUGGCUCUCGAGGGCAGGCCCUACCUGGACUUCCGGCCCCUGGCUGAGCUGCUGAGGAAGUGCGAGCUCAAGGUGGUGGACCAGUACAUGAAUGAGGGAGACUGCCAGAUCCUCAUCCAUCACAUCGCCCGGGCACUGCGGGAAGACCUGGUGGAGCGCAUCCGCCAGUCACCUUGCCUCAGCAUCAUCCUGGAUGGGCAGAGCGAUGACCUGCUGGCCGACACGGUGGCUGUCUACGUCCAAUACACCAGCACCGAUGGCCCCCCGGCCACAGAGUUCCUGUCCCUGCAGGAACUGGGGUUCUCCAGCACAGAGAGCUACCUCCAGGCGCUUGAUCGAGCCUUUUCUGCCUUGGGUAUCCGGUUGCAGGAUGAGAAGCCAACCGUUGGCUUGGGCAUAGACGGGGCCAACAUCACAGCCAGCCUGCGUGCCAGCAUGUUCAUGACGAUCCGCAAGACGCUGCCCUGGCUGCUGUGCCUGCCCUUCAUGGUGCACCGGCCCCACCUAGAAAUCCUGGAUGCCAUCAGUGGGAAGGAGCUCCCCUGCCUGGAGGAGCUGGAGAACAACCUGAAGCAGCUGCUGAGUUUCUACCGGUACUCGCCGCGACUCAUGUGCGAGCUGCGGUGCACGGCCUCUACCCUCUGUGAGGAGACGGAGUUCCUGGGCGACAUCCGGGCCGUGAGGUGGAUCAUCGGCGAGCAGAAUGUCCUCAACGCCCUCAUCAAGGACUACCUGGAGGUGGUGGCCCACCUCAAGGACGUCAGCAGCCAGACCCAGCGGGCGGACGCCUCGGCCAUCGCGCUGGCCCUGCUGCAGUUCCUCAUGGACUACCAGUCCAUGAAGCUCAUCUACUUCCUCCUGGACGUGAUCGCUGUGCUCUCACGCCUGGCCUACGUCUUUCAGGGCCAGUACCUCCUGGUGUCUCAGGUGGAUGACAAGAUCGAGGAGGCCAUCCAGGAGAUCAGCCGACUGGCCGACUGUCCCGGGGAAUACCUGCAGGAGUUCGAGGAGAAUUUCCGGGAGAGUUUCAAUGGGAUCGCCAUGAAGAACCUCAGGGUGGCUGAAGCCAAGUUCCAGUCCAUCAGGGAGAAGAUCUGCCAGAAGACCCAAGUGAUCCUGGCUCAGAGAUUCGACUCGCGCAGCCGGAUCUUUGUGAAGGCCUGCCAGGUGUUCGACCUCGCCGCCUGGCCCAGGAACAGCGAGGAGCUCGUGAGCUAUGGCAAGGAGGAUAUGAUUCAGAUAUUUGAUCACCUGGAGGCUAUCCCGACCUUUUCCCGAGACAUCUGUCGGGAAGGACUGGACCCCCGGGGGAGUCUGUUGAUGGAGUGGCGAGAACUCAAGGCUGAUUACUAUACCAAAAAUGGCUUCAAGGACCUGAUCGGCCACAUCUGCAAAUACAGACAGAGGUUUCCGCUCUUGAACAAGAUCAUCCAGGUCCUCAAGGUCCUCCCCACUUCCACCGCUUGCUGCGAGAAAGGCCGAAAUGCCCUGCAGCGAGUUCGCAAGAACCACCGCUCCCGCCUGACCCUGGAGCAGCUCAGCGACCUGCUGACCAUCGCAGUCAACGGCCCGCCCAUUGCCAACUUUGACGCCAAGCGAGCCCUGGACAGCUGGUUUGAGGAGAAGUCUGGCAACACCUACUCUCUGUCCGCGGAGGUCCUCAGCCGGAUGUCUGCGCUGGAACAGAAGCCGGUGCUGCAGACCGUGGACCACGGAGCGGAGUUUUACCCGGACAUUUAGGGAACCGGUGUCACAGAGGUCACUAAGCUGUUGAAUAUUUUUUUAAUCUAUACUCACAAGCUUUGAUAUAUUAUAUAAAUAUAUAUUAUAUUAUAUAUAUUAAAAACCCACACUGAAAAAAUUUUUAAAAACCAAGGUGACACAUCCACCAGAAGCUACUGGGAACUUUCAGAAAGGAAUAAUGUCAGAAACUGACUCUCGUCUACAACAUUUGGCAGCUGCAACAUCCGUGGCAACUCAUUUUCACUCACAGACGCAUGUGCUGGGGCCACACGUGUUCCCACCUACCGGCCAGCCAACAGCAUACGCUAAAAUGACGGGUCUCUGUCAUCACCUUUAGGUAACUCGUGUCGUCCGUGUUCUUGUCUGGGUGGGUGAGGGGCUUGGGUUGGGGUUUAUGUUCUUGCCUUUUCUUGUUUGGUUUUAUGAUGGGGUUUCUCAGCCUCUGUGUUGACAUGCUGGCCCGGCUGAGUCCGAUCUCUGAUUUGGGAUAAGGGCGGGUUGUGUAUCUGGAUCAGGUGUUUCGACUUUCUCUCCCACCUGAGUUCAGCUGGAGAGAUUUUUACUCUUUUCUUCACUGUCUUAGAAACACGCGUUGGUCAAACUGUGACACCCACUACUCCCCACCUCUGUCGCCAAUCCCGUCCCUGGGUUGUUCAUUCCCUCCUUCCAGUCCCCCUGGAUCCUUAUUACCUGUAAUACUGAAGGCAAAAUUGCCUGACAACCGAGCUUGAAAUCCUGGGGAAGGAAGAGGGGAUGCCCAUUUUGCAUUCCUGUUUUUAAAUAGUGUGGGAUAAAGUAGUCUGAUUCCAUUCAGAUCCAGGGCUGCUGGAGAAAUGAAGAGCCGAGAAAUCCAGACCCCAAAGGGCAGCGAUUUAUUGGCUAAAAAUAAGUAAAAUGAAAAAUAUGUAUUCAAUUUACAUAAAUUAUUUAUACUCUAUCUUUAUAAUCAUAUAAUGGGGGGAGGGGUCUUUUUUUCCUUUAAUAAUCAAGAAAUGCCUGCCAGAGUUCCAUGGCAGGACAUGUCAAUGCAAGUUGUGCCCUGGAUUAUGCAAAUGAGAGUCUCUAGAGAUUUAGUCCUUUUUCUGCAACAGGCUGAUAACCAGCCCUACCCCCUGGCAGGAAGGUAGUGGGAACCUGGGUGAUGCAUCUAUGCCUGUGAACACUUCCAUUUUUGAACAGGGUAGAGAUGUCCUAGGAGAAAGGAAUAAGCAAGGGGAAAGAUAGGACUCUCAAAGGCAUCAGCCUACACACACACACACACACACAUACACACACACACAACCAACCAACCACGAUAUAAGCUUUAGAAGUAGCCACUUGCCUACUCCCUGGGGCAAAUAGUGGUUUAAGCUAGAGGAGUCAGAUCAAUGCUCUUUCAUUCAUUUAACUACCAGUAUACCUCGCAAGGGAGUUUUGUUUUGUUUUUUAAAUGUGCGUGAGCUGUUAGAAGAAACUUCUGUUCAUGUUUCCACACUUGGUUUAUGCAUAUUUGAUAUGCAGAGAUCCCGUGUCAUGGGUGCAGGUCAUAUUUGGGGGAGGGAGGAAGAUCCGCACCGUCUGUGGUCAUUAGGGAGCCACCCCUCUCAGCUGGCAGAGGGUGAGCAAAGGAUCAUGUGCUCUGGCCCCAGGGUCCCCGACCGGCUUGGCUCAGACAUUAUAAAACUGUGGUGGCUCCCUCCCUUCUGGUUUAUCUUGCCUCUGAGGCCUCAUGCCACCGUAGCGAACAUAGUAGAAACGUCAUCAACACUGAACAUGUCACUCCCCCUUCCUGCCCUGCCAGUCCCUUCACCCCCCACAGGUCCCGUCCCCCACCCCCAUGGUCUUGGUGCUAAGAUAACUUUAGAAUCAUUGCUGCUAGUUGAUAGCUUUUCAUUACAUAAAUAUAUUAUAUAUAUUAUAUAUUAUUUUUGAAACUUUUUGUUUGUUUGUUCCAACAGUGAUGUAGCAUGUUAAAACAAAAAACAAAACCUGGUUUUCUCUGACGGUCCCACUGCCAGGCCUCGUAUGCUGCCUUCUUCAACAAAUCAAUGCACCCCUGCCUGUGGCAUCCAGCCCCCCACCCCUUCCCCAGCCCCACUACUUCCCCACCCUCCUCUGAGCAAGGAGAAGAAACUAGCAAGGAAAGACCCAAAGCUCUUUCUGAUGCUUUGAAAUUCCCAGCCUCACUCCACUUCCCCACUUUAAGCUGAUAUCUCCUCCCCCGACUCCACCCUUCCCAUCAGGGUCAGUAACUGUGGUCAAGUGGGAUGCUAUUGCAAAGCACACGGUUCCACCUUUCCCUCCCCAGCUUCCUCUCCACCACACAGACUAAGAUGGCUCGAAGGCAGAGGUGGAUGGCAAGGUGGGCAGGCCUCGGUGGAGGCAGAAACAGUAGGUUGGGAUCCGUUCUUCUAGCCAACAGAUGCCUUACACCUUCUCUUCCCACACCUCUACUCCUCCCCACCCACUGCAUUGGGACCCUCUGUGGAUAGUCCCCCUAAACCACUCAUUUGCAAACCAGGAAGAGAGUAUCUGCUUGAGCAACUAGUCAGGGCUGCGAAUGUGUCCUCUUGAGAGACCACGGUCCAACUCAGCUCAGUGUUUAUCCACAGGGAACCAUCCUUUGGGUCAAUGCCAUUUUCAACCUGUACCUUCUGAGAGAGCUGGGAGCCAGUGACCUGCUUCUCGGCUAGAAGCAUGAGCUAUGGCUACAGGCGGCCACCUGUUCAGCCAGGGUCUGAAACAGAGAGGAUGGGCUCUCUGGAGAGUCUUGAACUUUGGCAAGGCUCCCAAACACUGGGUGCGCAUGCCCUUUGCUGAAUUCAGCUAGGCCGUGUCAGACACUCUGAAGGCCACUUUGCCUGGGGACGGGAUAAUCGGGGUGACACCACUGCAAUUUACACAAGGGCUUUUCUCAGCCUGGAUGCUCCCAGGAGGCGCAGUGCUUCUGUCCUGUGCAUGGGGCAUGUGACUACCGGUGAUUUCUAUCACAGGCAUUUCCCACUCUCUGCUUCUUGAGAAGGACUUUUGGGUUGAUGGAACCCUCAGGGUCUAGUCCAGGGAGGCACAUGCUUGGCUAACCUACCCUUCCUUUGAUGGGUAUAAACAGUGGUUGGCUGGGCAGCCAUUACAUCCCAACUGUGGUGGCUUCAGACAAGACAGAGCCCUUUAACUCAGCCCCUGGCUUAGAAGUGACAACCAUUGGCUUAGAAUAAAGUGUGUGUGUGUCUCUGGGCUUGAGACUUGUCCUAAUUGAACUUUCUUUGGCUUUUGGAGGGGGUGGGAAGUGAGAUCAGGUUUGGGGGGGCAAUCAUGCCUAGCACAUACAUUGCCGAGCCUGGGAACCAGAGGUCCUUGUGGUUAAAAUGGUGUGCUUCUCCUCAAUGGAGGAAAAAAAGUUACCAUUCAUGAAAACUGAGGACAGCCCAGUCCUGCCUAGGAACUCUUGCUGUGUCAGAAUCCCCCAGGUUUUGACUGCCUGGUUGAAUAUGAGUUCAGGCAUCUGAAUCACCAGUUGGUUUUUUUGUGGGUUUUGUUUGUUUUUUGUUUUUGUUUUUGUUUUUGUUUUUGUUUUUUUGGACUGCUGGCCACAUCCCAUAGUACUGGGUGGAGUCUGAUUUCCUCAUCCUCGCUUGGGAAUGAGAACAGGCUCCCGCUCCAAGAUCCCUGGAUAGCAGGGGUCAGUGCUGGACCCUGAAUCCAGGGCAGUUGGGGGUCGUGGCCCCAACCCCUCCUACUUGCUACCAUGUUGAGUCGUCUUGCCUAGCCCUUCUCCUUGACUUGCUUCUGUUGAUCCUAUCAUUUGGAGGAAGGACCUUGUAAUUAUUUAAGGUAAUGUUGAAAUGUUUUCCAUGUGGAAAAGCAGUAGAAUGCUGAAAACGAUCCUGGAGAGAGGGAAGUGGAAUACGGACUUGGCCCAGCCCAGGCUGGGGGGCUAGAGUCACUUUAGCUGUUCCCUGGAGCCUCCUGGGCUCCAGCAAGUGGCCUGGGGGGUUGAAAUAGAAAUUCUCCUCUAGAUUCCUCCCCCUUCAUUUUUCCUCCACCCUCGGGGUCUAGUCCAGGGAGCAGGAAAUCGGUACCUAGAGCUGGUGUUGGCUUACUGUCUGGAUUGAUUUCCAGGUAGAAUUCGUGUUUUUUCUUGGUCCUAUCACCCAGUUUGGGCAGAAGGCUCCAAUCCCACUGGGACUCACACUCCCCGCUUCUCCUAAGGGCAGGCCCAGCCAGGCCAGCCUCGGACAGCCCAAGCAGGGAGGCCAGGCCUGCUUCACCAAGAAAGGCGUGUUUGCGUCCGGAGGCUGGUGAGCUUGGGGCAGUUCCAUUCCAGAUACCAGCCUCCUGGAGGUGGUGCUGGGUCUGAGGUUCCAGUCUGGGUCUUGAGGGAAGAUUACAUGCAGGACCCUUUUUCUGCCUGGAGGAGGACCCCUCUCUGCUCUCUGUUCUGGGUGCUUUAGAUGGAGCUGUGAUAUGUGAUGGAGCCUUUGAGGUGAUCUUUGUGUGUUAGCCAGAGGGAGUAAAAGUGCCCUUUGGGGAGGAAAAUGGUACGGCCCACCUCUUCCAUCUGGCUCUCCCCCACCCCAACCCCUUCAAGUGGUAUCGCCCUAGAAAUACCUAUGCAAUCCAGUCUCCCUUGGAGAGUGCAUGGAAGCAGGGGUAUGUGCAGUGUAUAAUACAAAUGCUACAGCAUAUAUAUUGUAUAUAUGGACAUAUACAGUACGUAUACACAGAGUAAGAGAUUGAAUCACGUCUAUAUAUCUAUAAAUAAUAUCCUAUAUAUUUAUACAUUUUUAUGUUUUAAAUAGAUAUAAAAAUAGAGUCUAUAGAGAGCUGGGAGAGCAACGGGAAAGCCUGUGUUGUGCAAAGAGGGAGGAGGCAGAGCCUUUUGCAGGGGCUGAUGAGGGAGCUAAGCAGGCAGGGUUUGCCAGGAAUGGAGCCUCCUACCCCCAGUGGUGGAGAGGAGCGUAACUGGGUCCCCGCCCUCUCCGUGCACUUUCUCUCCUUGACCGCAGGCUUGGUCUGAGGUUGGAAGGAGAUACUCACUCCCUGAGCUCCAACUGAAGUGCCCCCUUCAUCCCCCCGCAAGCCUAUGGUGUGGUCGCUGCUGCCUGGCAGUAGCUCGUGAUCACUGACCCAUGGUGUAGGGACCACUGCACAAUUUUCCCUAAAUGCCCUCUUCCCCCACCCCCCCCCCCACCCCCAGGAGCAAGCAGCAUUGGAAAGGUGCAAAUUGGACCAAGAGUGGUCCAAGAAAGUUGCUGCCCCUCCCUCCUCCCAUGUUUCUACUGCCCCCUAGAGGCCAAACCUCUGGAGUACCUCCCUCACCCACUCCAUCACUGUCCGCCAGGGACUGGAGAAGUGAAGUGGGCAGCAUGAGCAUCACCAGACAGUGCUGCUCACCAGCAAGAAGCUUCCUGGCCAGGGCAGGGGUCAUCAGCUAACUCGGGGGGGGGGGGCAGGGGGGAGACAUAUCCGCACACUCAUGAAUUCAGUAGCAAUUCCAGUUCCGAAGCAGGGCUUUGGCCCAGCCCACUUUGCACAGCUGCUGCUGCUGGCUGUACUCAGGACAACCAACUCUCUUCCCUCUCCUGCACGGAGGCCCACCGACCCCUCACCUUACCGCCACCGUAACAGGCAGGUUUAGUUCACAUACACUGUUCUGACUCUGACUUGAGGCAGAGGCUGAGCCGGACGCCCCAUGAGGGAGGGCUGGUGCAGCCCCGUUGGAAUCAGAAGCCCGUUUUGCUUCCAGGUUUCUCUCUCGGUAGUUUCUUUCCCCUGAAGGCGGGGAGGAGGGGCUGAUGGGGUUGCAGUUGAAGGGAGACACAAGACAGCUGCGUCCUCUGUGCUCCAGACCAGCCUCUGACUCUUGGCUCUCCCAUCUCUGAGCCCCAUCUUGCUCUUCCCCACCAUCCUACCAACAGACCUCAGUUUCCAGCAGACCCACCCCUAUACCGACAGUCGGGGGAGGGUCUGUUCUGCCAAUGCCCACCUCCUCUCCCUCCAAGUCCGCCUGGGUCUCCUUGAGCCACAGCUAGCUGCCAACCGGGUCUUGGAACACCCUCCAGGGCCUGGCUCAAGAAAGGCCAGGCCUGGUCCAAGCCUUCCUCCCACCGCGGUGGAUCAGACCCAUGGCCAGGGGAUGGGCACCCCGGGUAGCAAUCCCACAAUGCACUGUACCUCAGAGAGAGAGCAGCCACGGGGCAUCAAGGCACCGGGCCCUCCGUCCAGGGACAGCCGGUUACAGUACUGCUCACAGACAGACAAGGGCCAGGCUGCCCUUGGCACCCUCGGUCUUCACUCACCUCUCCGGAAGAGCCAGCAGUCUGAUUCAGUCUUUUUCAGCCCCUGUCUCUCUCCUUCUCUCCACCCCCACGCUGCUGAACCAUGUCAUUUCAAUCCUAAAGGAAAAAUGUAGUGGGGGAGGGGGGAUACCUGGGAGUCUAUUAUCACAUACAUAUGAAUAUGUUAAUACUUUCUUUCUUAAAAAAGAAAAAAAUCUCGAUGUUAUUAUUUUGCAGACUACGCUUUAUAGUACCUGUGUGACGGGACCUAGAACACUGGAUACAAAUAGAGCUAUGUUGGUUUAUCAUAAUAUGUACGCAGAACCUUCCUUUUGUCAUAUUAUCCUUGUAAUGUAAGGAGAUUGUUAAUAAAAGCAUUUAAAUUUA